AGGGACGGAGCAUCCUCGGGGCCCGGUCCCCGUGCUCAGCCGCCCGUCUCUGACAUCCACGUCAGGCAUAGUGUGGAGUGAAGUGCGGGGUGGGGACCUGUGUGGCAGAACCAGUCGAUGUCACCAGUGUCACUACUUCCUCAAGGAGCUAAGAACAGGAAGCCCAGCCUCCCCGCCGGGCCCCACUGCUCCCCGAGACAGAACCACAGAGCAGCUGGCAAGGAGCGGGCAGGUGGAGCCCAGCCUGACACUGCCGAGGCCUCCCGGGACCGAGUGCCCACCAUCCUCUCUCCCCAGGACAUGCUGGACCGGUGCCUGCUGCUCGCCCUCCUGGGGCUGCACUGCCUCGGGUCCGCCCUCUCUCAGGAAUGCACCAAGUACAAGGUCAGCACCUGCCGGGACUGCAUCCAGUCGGGGCCUGGCUGCGCCUGGUGCCAGAAGCCGAACUUCACGGGGCCAGGGGAGCCCGACUCUGCUCGCUGUGACACCCGGGAGCAGCUACUGAAGAAGGGCUGUGCGCCUGACGACAUUAUGAACCCCAGCAGCCUCACUGAACCCCAAGGGGACCAAAGGGGGGACCGGCAGCAGCUGUUCCCACAAAGCUUCAAGCUGUUCCUGAGGCCAGGCCAGGCGGCAACAUUCAACGUGACCUUCCGGCGGGCCAAGGGCUACCCCGUUGACCUGUACUACCUCAUGGACCUGUCCUACUCCAUGCUGGACGACCUCAUCAAUGUCAAGAAGCUGGGCGACGACCUGCUGCGGGCACUCAAUGAGAUCACUGAGUCCGGCCGCAUUGGCUUCGGAUCCUUUGUAGACAAGACGGUGCUGCCCUUCGUGAACACACACCCUGAGAAGCUGCGGAACCCUUGCCCCGACAAGGCCAAGGAGUGCCAGCCGCCCUUUGCCUUCCGGCACGUGCUCAAGCUCACCAACAACUCCAACCAGUUCCAAACCGAGGUUGGGAAGCAGCUCAUCUCCGGGAACUUGGAUGCCCCCGAGGGAGGGCUGGAUGCCAUGAUGCAGGUCGCCGCGUGCCCGGAGGAAAUCGGCUGGCGUAAUGUCACACGGCUGCUGGUGUUUGCCACAGACGAUGGCUUCCACUUUGCGGGGGAUGGGAAGCUAGGAGCCAUCCUGACCCCGAACGACGGGCGCUGCCACCUAGAGGACAGCAUGUACAAGAGGAGCAAUGAGUUUGACUACCCGUCGGUGGGCCAGCUGGUGCACAAACUGACGGAAACCAACAUCCAGCCCAUCUUCGCGGUGACCAAGAGGAUGGUGAAUACCUAUGAGAAACUCGCCCAGAUCAUCCCCAAGGCGGCCGUGGGGGAGCUGUCCGAGGACUCCAGCAACGUGGUGCAGCUCAUCAAGAACGCCUACAACAAACUCUCCUCCAGAGUGGUGCUGGGCCACGGCCCCCUGCCCGACACGCUGAAGGUCACCUACGACUCCUUCUGCAGUAACGGAGUAUCGCGCAAGGACCAGCCCACAGGGGACUGCGAAGGCGUGCAGAUCAACGUCCCGGUCACCUUCCAGGUGAAGGUCACGGCCACGGAGUGCAUCCAGGAGCAGUCCUUCGACAUCCGGGCGCUGGGCUUCACGGACACGGUGACCGUGCGGGUCCUGCCCCAGUGCGAGUGCCGCUGCCGGGACCAGGGGCAGAACCGGGGCCUCUGCGGGGGCAAGGGCUCCAUGGAGUGCGGGGUCUGCAGGUGCGACGCCGACUACAUCGGCAAGAGCUGCGAGUGCCAGACGCAGGGCCGCAGCAGCCAGGAGUUGGAGGGCAGCUGCCGGAAAGACAACAGCUCUGCCGUGUGCUCGGGGCUGGGGGACUGCGUGUGCGGGCAGUGCGUGUGCCACACCAGCGACGUCCCGGGCAAGGUCAUCUACGGGCGCUACUGCGAGUGUGACAACAUGCAGUGUGAGCGCUACGACGGGCAGGUGUGCGGCGGCCAGAAGAGGGGGCGCUGCGACUGCGGCCGGUGCUUCUGUGAGGCGGGCUUCGAGGGCUCGGCCUGCCAGUGCAAGAGCUCCACCGAGGGCUGCCUGAACGCGCGGCGCGUGGAGUGCAGCGGCCGGGGCCGGUGUCGCUGCAAUGCGUGCGAGUGUGACCCGGGCUACCAGCCGCCCCUGUGCGAGGAGUGUCCUACCUGCACCCCCCCCUGCGCUGAUCUAGCCCCCUGCGCCGAGUGCCUGAAGUUCGGCUCAGGCCCUUUGGAAAAGAACUGCAGCGUGGCGUGUGCGCAUCUGCGUCCGCUCACCCUGGGUGGGACCCGCAAGACCUGCCGGGAGCGGGACUCUCAGGGCUGCUGGAUGAAAUACACCGUGCGGCAGCAGGACGGGAAGGACAUGUACGAGAUCGAGGUGGAGGAGGUCCGAGAGUGCGUGGCAGGCCCCAAGGUCGGUGCCAUUGUAGGGGGCACUGUGGCUGGCAUUGUGCUCAUCGGUGUCCUCCUCCUGGCCAUCUGGAAGGCCCUGACCCACCUGAGUGACCUCCGGGAAUACAGGCGCUUCGAGAAGGAGAGGAACAAGUCCCAGUGGAACAAUGAUAACCCCCUGUUCAAGAGCGCUACUACCACCGUCAUGAACCCCAAGUUUGCUGACAGCUAGGAGCAUCAGUGAAGACGAGGCCAUUGGGAUGACCCGAUGGGACCCCUCUCAGUGCAGCCCCUCACCCCACCACCAGCACAUGGCUUAGGACGCGGGACAGUGUCACCGAUGAGCCGAGUCCUCUAUGUUUCUCUCGUCCCCAGCAUGACAGAUAGGCCAGGUGACCCUGCAAUCUCAUCCUGCGGAUCAGCCCCCUUCUCCUCCAUCCAGUCAUACGAGGGACUCAAGCAGAGAACUCUCCCCAGGUUUCAUGAGGCUGAACCAUGCCCCUGUGUGAACCUUAGGACAGCAGCCUGAUUAAAGGUGGUGCAAAUUUAUUUAUAUUUAAACUCACCAGGCUACCAAACUAUAUCCUCCUGAUUAUUCUGUUAACCAAUCACGUGAAUAGAAAUAAAUGAUAAAACCUCA